GAAUUCCACGUGCUAAUCCUUGGCGUGGAUAAGGCUGGGAAGACGAAUGUGCUGGAGAGAUUAAAGACAAUAUUUACACAAUCGAUUGGCCUUGACCCUGGCAAAAUCCUUCCAACUGUCGGCCUGAACGUGGGGCGCAUCGAGGCGCAUAAGCAUAACCUAAUAUUCUGGGACCUUGGAGGGCAAAGCGGCCUGCAGUCGAUCUGGGACAAGUACUACAGCGAGGCGCAUGCGAUCGUGUACGUUGUCGAUGCGGCCAACCGCGCUCGCUUCGAUGAGAGCAGAGCCGCCUUCGAUCGCAUGCUGGAGCACCGGGAGCUCGCUGGUGCGCCGUUGCUGAUCAUGGCAAAUAAGCAGGACCUAGAUGGCGCAACCAGUGCCCUGGACGUGGGCCAGGUAUUUGGCAUUGAACGCCUGGAGGGACGGCAAUUCAAAGUGCUCCCAGUCAGCGCUUACACCGGCCAGGGCCUGAAGGACGGGGUGGAGUGGCUGGUUGAGACAAUCAAGCGGAGCCACAGAGCAAUGCGGUUACGUGUCCGCAGCGGGGGAAGCUGAGGGUUGUUAGAUCGGAUGCUAGGCCGCGGGAGUGUGUGGGCGUGCUUGAGAGGUUGGUCCUGGCUAUGUACGAUAACGGAAUGUGGGUGGCGGUUGCGGUGUGAAUGCACAGGGUUUGACCAAGUCAAUUAAGAGGGCAGGCCGGCAGCCUGUGCCGGGCAGGGCAGGGCAGUAGAAAUGCAGGUGCAGAGCAAGCAUGCCGCAUUGAGGGCUGAGGUGCUGGCAUUGCGGCAUGGCAGGGUGAUAGUGGCAUGGGUGCUUGCGCUUCUCUUGCGCAGGACGGUAAAGGCACGGGUCUUCACCUCACACGAAUGCAGUACACAAAUGGACCCUUCUUAAUUACCCGUACUUUGCGUGAUUCCCGGCGACUUUGUUUGGUAUGGAAACCAGUGCAUGGUGGCAAGGGGUGGAAAGGCAUUGGCUUGCGUUAUAAAUCCCCGUUGGGAGUAGUGCAUGCAGCCACCUCUUCCGCAACAUAGGCUUUUGCUGAGCUCUGUGCAAAGCCUUUCCCGAGUGGGGUGCAAUGGCUUGGCUGCUGGCUGGGUGCAAAUGUUGCGUGCCGGAGCCGGAGACAGAGGCCGAGCGUCUAUGACGGUUGUCGUGUUCAUGCGAGUAGUAUGGCUGUACAAGGGCACUGAACGGCAAAGCUGCACCGAGAGCUAGUUGACACUGAGUUCGGUGGCAACCCCGGGACGACGACUGAGCGGUGUGGCAAAGUGGGUGGAGGUAAUCUAGAGCGAGUGCAUGGGGAGAGGUGGACGCGUGACGGUGUGUCCGAACGACCUUGCUACAGGCACGCAAUCUGCUGCAAUGUGG